GCCGGAAGAAGAGCCCGCGAACACUUGGAAUUAUGGCGGCGGUGGAUAUCCGAGAUAAUCUGCUGGGAAUCUCUUGGGUUGACAGUUCAUGGAUCCCCAUUUUGAACAAUGGAAGUGUCCUGGAUUACUUUUCAGAAAGAAGUAAUCCUUUUUACGACAGAACGUGUAAUAAUGAAGUGGUCAAAAUGCAGAGAUUAACAUUAGAACACUUAAAUCAGAUGGUUGGAGUGGAAUACAUCCUUUUACAUGCUCAAGAGCCCAUUCUUUUUAUCGUUCGGAAGCAACAGCGCCAAUCGCCUACCCAAGUUAUCCCACUGGCUGAUUACUAUAUCAUUGCUGGAGUGAUCUAUCAGGCACCAGACUUGGGAUCAGUUAUAAACUCUAGAGUGCUUACCGCGGUGCAUGGUAUUCAGUCCGCUUUUGAUGAAGCUAUGUCAUACUGUCGAUAUCAUCCUUCCAAAGGUUAUUGGUGGCACUUCAAGGACCAUGAAGAGCAAGCAAAAGUCUGGAGAAAAGCCUGUCCCAGUGGAUCAGACAAAGAAAGAGGCAGAACCUACACCAGAAACUGUAAAAUCUGAGGAGAAGGAGACCACAAAGAGCAUCCAACAGACGGUGAGCACUAAAGGUCCCCCUGAAAAACGAAUGAGACUUCAGUGAUUAUUGGACUAGAGAGAAGCUUGCAAGACUUCUUGUCUAUUAUUAUACCUCAUAACUGUGACCGGGCUCUUGAACUUUAAAAUUCUCUCACAACCCCCUCAUUUGUAUAGAAUGUGCUUGUUCUUUAAGAAAGGAUGUAAGGACCCUCAUGCUUUUGAUAUGGAUAUUUGUAUGUAUCUUACAUAGCCUUUUCCCUACAGGACUUGCUUGAGCAGCCUCCUCACUCACAUGUAUACUGUUUAUAUAUAUUUAAAACCAAAUAAAGGUAUUUGUCUAAAUUACUUUA